GUCCACGCCACGCUAACAAAGACACAAAGGAGGCUUUACGUUUUGAUUUAUUCUCCAGUAUUUUUAGUUAUAAUAACGCUAGAAGUAUGGAAUAUAUUGUGGAUCCUGAACCAAAAAGGGUCUCUGAUGAAGUGCCAGUACCAGUAGAGGUAUCAGACAUCAAAGACAUGAUUGAUACAGUCGAUGACAGCAUAUCCAGGCUUGGCGAGCUGAAACUUCUCAAAGAAGAACAGGUGGAUCCUGAGCCAUCAAAGGUCUCUGAUGAAGGGCCAGUAGAGGUAUCAGACAUCAAAGACAUCAUUGAUACAGAAGACAGGCUUGGCGAGCUGAAACUUCUCGGAGAAGAACAGGUGGAACCUGAGCCAUCAAGGGUCUCUGAUGAAGAGCCAGUCAAUGAAGGGCCAGCAGAGAUAUCAGACAUCAAAGACAUGACGGAUUCAGUGGACAGCAUGUACAGGCUUAGCGAGCUGAAACUUCUCGAAGAAGAACAGGUAUCAGCCACCCCUGUACAAGAGGAGCAAUCAAUCUCAAACGAAGGAGUCAACUUGAUGGAAAAUGAAUGCAAAGACAAGGAACGACCAUCUAACAAAGAGAUAACUCUACCCACUGCCUAUGUCAAACUGUAUCGCAUUGGAGUGCUGGAUAGAAUUGCCAGAACCCUUCACCGAAAGCAGCACUCUGAUGACGAUGAUGAUGUUGAUAAUGAUUAUGAACCAUCAUCAGCUGAAAGUGGAAGUGAUUCGUCUGCAGAAGAGGAGGGAGAAGGCAACAAUGAAGAAAUGGUACGAGAAGAGAGGGUUUCAUGCAAAACUACUUCUAAAAAGCUUCAUCAAUGUACAUUCUGUACAAAAAGCUUCUCUCAGACUUAUUAUUUGAAUGUUCACAUGCGUACACACACCAAAGAGAAGCCUUAUCAGUGUACAGUCUGCACCAAAAGGUUCUCUGAGUCUGGUGCCUUGACUGUUCAUAUGCGUACCCACACCAAAGAGAAGCCUUUUCAGUGUACAUUUUGUAAUAGAAGUUUCUCCCAGUCUGGUCAUUUAAGUUCUCAUUUGCGUACACACACCAAAGAGAAGCCUUAUCAGUGUACAGUCUGCACCAAAAGGUUCUCUGAGUCUGGUGUCUUGACUAUUCAUAUGCGUAGCCACACCAAAGAGAAGCCUUUUCCGUGUACAGUCUGUACAAAAAGAUUUUCUCAUUCAAGUGGUUUGACAUCUCAUUCUCGUAUUCACACCAAAGAAAAACCAUUUCAGUGUACAGUAUGCACCAAAAGGUUCUCUUACAAAUGUAUUUUGACAGUUCAUAUGCGUACCCACACCAAAGAGAAGCCUUUUCAGUGUACAUUUUGUAAUAGAAGCUUCUCUCAGUCUGCUAUUUUAACUUCUCAUUUGCGUAUUCACACCAAUGAGAAGCCUUACCAGUGUACAGUCUGUACAAAAAGAUUUUCUCAUUCAUGUAAUUUGACAUCUCAUUCUCGUAUUCACACCAAUGAGAAGCCUUACCAGUGUACAGUCUGUACAAAAAGAUUUACUCAGUCAAGUCAUCUGACACUUCAUUUGCGUACUCACACUAAAGAGAAGCCAUUCCAGUGUACAGUCUGUACCAAAAGGUUCUCUGAGUCUGGUACCUUGUCUGUUCAUAUGCGUACCCACACCAAAGAGAAGCCUUUUCAGUGUACAUUCUGUAAUAGAAGUUUCUCCCAGUCUGGUCAUUUAAGUUCUCAUUUGCGUACUCACACUAAAGAGAAGCCAUUCCAGUGUACAGUCUGUACCAAAAGGUUCUCUGAGUCUGGUGCCUUGUCUGUUCAUAUGCGUACCCACACCAAAGAGAAGCCUUACCAUUGUACAGUCUGUACAAAAAGAUUUUCUCAUUCAAGUGGUUUGACAUCUCAUUCUCGUAUUCACACCAAAGAAAAACCAUUUCAGUGUACAGUCUGCACCAAAAGGUUCUCUUACAAAUGUAUUUUGACUGUUCAUAUGCGUACCCACACAAAAGAGAAGCCUUUUCAGUGUACAUUUUGUAAUAGAAGUUUCUCCCAGUCUGGUCAUUUAAGUUCUCAUUUGCGUACUCACACUAAAGAGAAGCCAUUCCAGUGUACAGUCUGUACCAAAAGGUUCUCUGAGUCUGGUACCUUGACUGUUCAUAUGCGUACCCACACCAAAGAGAAGCCUUAUCAGUGUACAGUCUGUACAAAAAGAUUUUCUCAGUCAAGUCAUUUAACUUCUCAUUUGCGUACUCACACUAAAGAGAAGCCAUUCCAGUGUACAGUCUGUACCAAAAGGUUCUCUGAGUCUGGUGCCUUGUCUGUUCAUAUGCGUAGCCACACCAAAGAGAAGCCUUUUCAGUGUACAGUCUGUACAAAAAGAUUUUCUCAUUCAAGUGGUUUGACAUCUCAUUCUCGUAUUCACACCAAAGAAAAACCAUUUCAGUGUACAGUCUGCACCAAAAGGUUCUCUUACAAAUGUAUUUUGACAGUUCAUAUGCGUACCCACACCAAAGAGAAGCCUUUUCAGUGUACAUUUUGUAAUAGAAGCUUCUCUCAGUCUGCUAUUUUAACUUCUCAUUUGCGUAUUCACACCAAUGAGAAGCCUUACCAGUGUACAGUCUGUACAAAAAGAUUUUCUCAUUCAAGUAGUUUGACAUCUCAUUCUCGUAUUCACACCAAUGAGAAGCCUUACCAGUGUACAGUCUGUACAAAAAGAUUUACUCAGUCAAGUCAUCUGACACUUCAUUUGCGUACUCACACUAAAGAGAAGCCAUUCCAGUGUACAGUCUGUACCAAAAGGUUCUCUGAGUCUGGUGCCUUGUCUGUUCAUAUGCGUACCCACACCAAAGAGAAGCCUUACCAUUGUACAGUCUGUACAAAAAGAUUUUCUCAUUCAAGUAGUUUGACAUCUCAUUCUCGUAUUCACACCAAAGAAAAACCAUUUCAGUGUACAGUCUGCACCAAAAGGUUCUCUUACAAAUGUAUUUUGACAGUUCAUAUGCGUACCCACACCAAAGAGAAGCCUUACCAGUGUACAGUCUGUACAAAACGAUUUUCUCAGUCAAGUCAUAUGACACUUCAUUUGCGUACUCACACUAAAGAGAAGCCAUUCCAGUGUACAGUCUGUACCAAAAGGUUCUCUGAGUCUGGUGCCGUGUCUGUUCAUAUGCGUACCCACACCAAAGAGAAACCAUUCCAGUGUACAGUCUGUACAAAAAGAUUUUCUCAGUCUGGUGACUUGACUAGGCAUAUGUGUACCCACACUAAAGAGAAGCCAUUCCAGUGUACAGUCUGUACAAAACGAUUUUCUCAGUCAGGUCAUCUAACAGUUCAUUUGCGUAUUCACACCAAAGAGAAGCCAUUCCAGUGUACAGUCUGUACAAAAAGAUUUUCUCAUUCAGGUCAUCUAACACUUCAUUUGCGUAUUCACACCAAUGAGAGACCAUUCAAGUGAACAGUAUUUAAAAAAGGUUCUCUCAGUGUGGAAAAAUGUAUCAGUAUAGGCAUUGGCACACAUCAGUUUAGAAUGACUGAGUUUCUUCUCUAUUGGUGUGUUGUUUGUAUGUCUAUCUUUCCGAUAUAGUUAUUAUCAAAGAAAACUUAAUUAUUUGGAAGAUUUGCAUUGCAAAAUAAGUCGACUGGAUGUUCCAUCCACAAUAAUUGUGAAUUAAUUCUUCAAAUAUCAAUAUCGUUUGUAUAAAAUAAGUUGUGACUUGAAAGAAAUAUGCAUGUUGCCAAAUUGUGCAAAAUUUCCAAUCUCUAUUCAAUUCGACAACACUGUCGUUGCUGAGUUGUCAAUAUGAAUAUAUCCAGUCAUAUUGGCUUGCAUGAACAAUUGAAAUUUCGCACAAUUUGGAAACACGGAUAUUUUCUCCAAGCCUAAACUAAUUUUAUACAAACUCUUGUAUCAAGUUAUAUUGUUCUUAUAACGUAGCCCUAUUAUGGGUGAACUAUUGAAUGCUAUUGAUAGCAUUAACACACUUCAUUUGCGUAUUCACAAUGGAAAUGGAAAUGGUCACAGUGGAAUGCUUGUUGAAAUUUAUUAUUAAAUCGAGAAAUAAUAAAGAAGGUUCAGAAAUGUAUUAGAAAUACUCCUUGUAAAUAACAUUGAUUUUCGUUGUCUUUAUUCAUUUCAAGGAUUUGUUGUUGUUGAUUUUAUUAUGUAUUUUGACCUAGUUGUGAUUUCGUUGUGUGCUGUGA